UCUUCGUUUCCGAAUCUUCUGAAUUUCCCUUCUUAACUACCUUAAUCCUGUAGAGUCGAGCAAUCCAUCCGUAUCCAAUUUGUUCAUCCCCCCUUCCCCCUUUCAGCUCCUCCCAUGGCCUCCGCCCUGCGCCUACUCCUCGUUCUCGCGCCCCUGGCGGCGCCGGCGGCCUCUGCCGGCCUCGGCUUCGACUUCCACCACCGGUUCUCCGACCCCGUGCGCCGGUUUGUCGAGGCGCACGGCGGCGGCGGAGGCGGCGCCGCCUCCUGGCCCGGAAAGGGCACCGCCGAGUAUUACUCCGCCCUCGCCCGCCACGACCGCGGCCGCUCGCUCCCGGAGCUCUCGUUCGCCGACAGCAACGCCACUUUCCGUAUCAGCCAACUGGGAUUCUUGCAUUACGCGAUCGUGGCGUUGGGGACGCCGAACGUGACGUUUCUGGUGGCGUUGGACACCGGGAGCGAUCUGUUCUGGGUGCCCUGCGAUUGCAGACAAUGUGCUCCGACCACUUCUCCUUCAUAUGGAGAUAUCAGGUUUGACAUCUACAGUCCGAGUUCAUCCUCAACAAGUCAAACAGUAUCCUGCAGCAACAGCUUAUGCGAUCGGAGCCAAAGUUCUUGCAGUGGAGCAAACAGCACUUGCCCUUACUCGGUGCGAUACGUAUCGUCUAAUACCUCAUCUUCUGGAGUUCUAGUUGAGGAUGUUUUGUACUUCACAACUGAGAAUACUGCUGUGCCUCAGAUUGUUGCGGCACGAGUUGUUUUCGGGUGUGGUCAAGUUCAGACGGGCUCAUUUCUAGACGGUGCAGCGCCGAACGGUUUGUUUGGGCUCGGUAUGGAGAACAUAUCUGUUCCUAGCAUUCUAUACAAUCAAGGACAUACUUCCAAUUCCUUUUCGAUGUGCUUUGGAGACGACGGGUUUGGAAGGAUCAAUUUUGGAGACAAUGGUAGCACAGGCCAACAGGAAACUCCAUUUGUGAUUGACAGGAGUUUGCCUUAUUACGCGAUCGGCAUAACUGGAAUUGUAGUCGGGAAUAGCUCGAUAAAAACUUCUUUUAGAGCAGUGAUCGACUCUGGUACCUCCUUUACUUAUUUAGCUGAUCCAAUGUAUACUGAACUCGUUCAAAGUUUCAAUUCACAAGUACAGGAUCAACCGAGCAAUCCCGAUCCGAGAAUCCCUUUCGAAUAUUGCUACGAUGUCAGUCCCAAUCAAGAUGCGAUAGUUACACCCAAUAUAAGUUUUACGACGAGCGGUGGUGGCAUUUUUCCGGUCAAUGAUCCAAUAAUCUUGUUCACCACUGAUCGGGAGAGUGUCUACAUGUAUUGUUUAGCCGUGAACCGGAGCGAUGGGAUGAAUAUAUUCGGGCAAAAUUUCAUGACCGGCCUCCGAAUUGUCUUCGAUAGAGAAAGGAUGGCAUUGGGCUGGAUGAACUUUGAUUGCGGGAACUCGACCGACACCCCAGAAGGACCAAACACCACCCCUCUGUUCCCUGUAUCGAGGCCUCCAAGCUCCGGUAGUGUGAAACAUAAAAUGACCACAAGAGGCCUCUUCGCGUUGUUCCUAAUUCUAACGACUUCGGUCGUUCUUUCAUCGCGUUCCACUUGGUCUUAUUGCAGUUAAUACAAACUUAUAGGAGACACGGUGUACAUGAAUUUUGAUCCUCUUCAUGUUCAUUUUAUCUUGUUAAUAAAAUAGAAACAUGUUCAUUGUGAUUCUCUACAGUGUGUGCUUGCUAGUGUUUAUUAAUUAGGCAGUUGGAAGUUAUGUAACUAUAGACAGAGACUCGAUCGAGCAACAACGGCGGGCCGGUUGUGAAUCGCCUUUGCCUUACGCCUAGUUUACUUGCGAAAGAGAGGAAAUGCAAACACAUUUAUCAUCUCUUGUGUUCUUCAGUUUGCUUGUCACAAACCUUCUUUGUUGUAAAUGUAUAGCC